AUGUCCGAUAUUGCGGUAGGACCGGCAAUCGAAACGGCAGUAAGGAAACUGGACCGGUCUCCGGUCAGAGCUGACGCGAAGGAGACGGGCGACGCAGUUGGAAUCGUGGUUAGAAGAUUAGAGAAGACCAGCUCGGCUUGUGGUCGACUGUUGACUAUAACUCCGGGCGGAGAGUUGCAGUUUACCUCAUCCUGCUCCGCGCUUCCACAGGCGACCAUUCACCUGCAAAACACGUCAGACGAGUUUGUGGCAUUUAAGGUCAAGACGACUUCACGGGAAAAGUAUCGCGUGCAUCCAAACUUUGGCCGUAUACGUCCCGGCGACAGCAUGAACGUCAGCGUGUGCUUGCAACCAGGCGACUCGAUCACAAAGCGGGAUAAGUUCCUCGUGCUUUCCCUCAACGUCGACGAGAGCGUUUCACGACCGAGCGACCUGGCGGACAAGUGGAGAAAUGUGGCGCCAUCUAACAUCGUCGAACACCGCCUCAGCUGCUCUAUGAAGCCAGCGAGUGAAUCGCAGGGCGCGCCACGCGAAGAAGACCAAGUGGCGGCACUAAAAAAACAGGUGUCCUCAAUGGGAAGAGUUAACGAAAGUGCCAGGAGACAUUUAAGAUUCACGACCACUAUGCUCAUGCUGCUGGCGCCGGCGUUUGUUAUUGCUGUCUGCAUUGGUUACUACGCGACGAAGGAUCGAGACCGAUACAUGCUACAAGAAUUCAUGCAUCAGUUCCCCUUAUAA